ACCUUUCACAACGCAAGAGCAGUGUUGAUGCCAACUGUGUCAAGACGAAGAUUGUCAGGUGGUUUCCGGACCUGCAUCAAUGUUGUACAAGCGGAGGGGAGAAGCAGAACCCUCUACCGAAGGUCAGUGCAAAUGGUGAGAAGACCGUCGAUGUCUGUUUGUUUCCGAAGUGUCCGCGAUCGAGCACGACAACAAGAACGGUUAUUACGCCAUGCCGAGCAGCAAACACAGUGAUGGGUGUCUGCGCAGCUGGCAACCCAGGGAAGCGCCAGUGCCCGAACGCUGAAGGCGAACAAUCCAGAGAGAGACAAUGGACAUGAGCGAGAACUUUGUUGUGAAAGAAACGCUCCACGGCAGCGUGGGGCAAGAAUUGCAAGACAAUGGCACUGAGGAAGAGGAACCUAGUGACGACGAUGAGGAGGAGGGCGAAUCGAGCGACGACGAUGAUGAUGAGGAGGAAACGAGCGAGGAUGCCGAUUCAGAAGACACAGACUCUGAGGAUGAUGAAAGGAAGAACGAGUCAGGAAUUGAUGUCGACAUGUUCAAGAAGAGUCUAUCUGGAGAUCUUUUAGGAGAAGCGAAGCAGAUAAUAGCACAGGAGGCGUAUGAUGUUCUGUUAGGCAUCCCGUGGCAGGCGGCUGUCGGAGCGCGAAUGCACUUUGACAGCUGUAAGGUGGUGCUCACCUCAGCCCACCCCAAACCACAAACGAUACCCAUGAGAUUGGCGACGAUCGAUCCGGGAUUGUUGGAGCUCAUACAUCUUGAGCUCCUCUCCAUUGCGCAAGUGAUCGCGAGCGAGGAGGAGGAGAUUCAGCCACGAUUGCGGACGGCGACGGCUCCGCGGAGAACGUACAACGUGGUCGUCAUCCCGGAUUACAUUGCGCAGCGCGCGGAGAGGUUGGAGGACUUCCUGGAGGAAAAGCCGUUGCAGCCCCCCUCGUCAUAUCCCAGGCCGGCGCCCCUCAAGCAGCCGGAGGAGGGAGCCGAGUGGGAUUACCGGAUCCCGUAUCCAGACCCCCCGUCCUCGCGGGACCUUUCCGCUUCCGCCAGCCACCCCGGGAUGCCCCGGUCAUUGACAUUAGCAGUUCCUCCGAGCCGGACAGUCCAUCCGACCGAGGUGGAUUUCAUGGUGGAGCCCACCACCAUCAGGCUCGAGGCCAUCGUGGGGGCGCCGCGCCCUGAUCUGGCAUGGGAGCCAUAUUUGACACCCCCAUUUCACGGGUGUAUUGCGGCGCGACUGGCUGGGACGCUCAUCUAUGAGACCGGGCAGCGUCCCAAUGUGAUGUACCACUUCCUUGUCUUCGCGGCGCAGAAGCGGGAGCAGUGGCCUUACACCGAGACUCGUGUGGUGAUGACGGGUCCAGGGCCCCAAUCGGUGCAGGCUGCUCUUGCAGAGGUGAUGGAGUAUGCAAAGGAGGGCACUCACUAUGACAAUGACAGCGAGUUGUCUUUGCUUGAGGACAGGGUGUCGAGGUGCUUCAUUGUCAGUGUGGAUAUGAGAUCCACGAUGAUGGCAAACGGCGAGGGGUGUGUCAAAGCACAAACAGUGUUCCAACGCUUCAGGGAGUCACUACAUGACGAGUUGAAGACCGGUGCAGCGAAAAUUUUGGUGUUGUCCAGAAUGAAGGACAUAACACAAACACCUCCAAUCGACUUUCAAAAUGUUCCUGUCAUAGUCGCAGAUGGUGUCGAAUAUGUUCUGCUGGAUCAACUUGUGGACUUAAUGAAAAAGAGUCCCGACGACAGGAACGUCGUCCAUGAGGCUUUGCAUGAAGUCACAGAGUUGGUACUGCAGGGUGAAGAGCUAAUUGAAUAUAUGCCGGCAAGAAAGGAAGACAAUAUGAUAUAGCCCGAGUUACCAAGUUCUAUUGCAGAGUACACAGGAAAUGCAGAAGAAGAAGAUGAAGAAGAGGAUGACGGCGCAUCAUCUUCUGAGGUGGAAGUGAGUGUCAGCAAUGUCAGCAGCGACGAGGAAGGAGAGGAACGUGAUGUGUACUAUGAUUUGAAGGGGGCAGGUGGACAGAUGACAAAAGGGUGGGCACAUGCAAUUUUGAGGUUGGCACGUGUUUUUUCCAAUCCGCAAAAAGUGUUGCGUGUUGUGAUGAAGGGGGCAACACCUGAUGGCGCACUGCAGUAUGCCGCAGUGACCAGCAUUAUGAAAUCAUGCACCAAGGGGAAAAAGUGGUCACGUCUUGGCAAGGGAUGGUUUGUUCUGGUGAACAGAGAGGUUGUGCUAGCGACAUCACUGACAUGGGGAGUCAACCUAAGUUGCCGCAUCCACGAUGCACUGACGAUUGCGUGUGAAGAGACAUUGCAUCCCGGCUUGUCAACAAGAGACGCAAUAAGAAGAGGUCGCGAGAAGAGAGAACACCGAAGCAAGAUCACAGGACGAAGAAGAGAAUCACAUACAAAAAAGGACAAAAUUGUGGAGAUGAUCGAUCUCAGAGGCUCGGACGAUUUGCACAGCGCGGUCCGAGAGGAAGCAGAAGAUGAAGACGAGCAGUCCAUAUCAGAAAAGACAGACGGAGAGGAAGACGAGGCAAUGAGCGACGAGGGAAGUGACAGUGAAACUUCCAGUGAAGAUUCUCAUGAUGCUGCCGAGGCCGAUGGCGAGAAAGAGAGGAGCAGCGACGACACAACGCAAGAUGAGGACGACGAAGAAGCAGAUGAAGACGGGAGGGGUGCGGAGGAGAGAGAGAUUUCACCAUCUCUGGAAAGAACGCGAUGCACAAGCGAACGAUUGCAGAACAAGGAGAGAGACGCAUGCGACACGCCCCCGAAUGACAGACAACUAGUGAGGAAGGAAAACGAAAUUCAAGAAGCUUUGGUAGGAUUAGAGCAGAUGGCGACAAUGGUCAAUAUGACAGCGUCUUCUCAAAGAGUAGGAGCGGUGCUGUGGUGCAUCUCCUCCAUUUCAUUUGCGGCGAUCGUAGUGAGGAGAGGACUGCGCGCCAAAUCUCUGUCGAAGUCAGGGGCGAUCGCAGCUUUCUUCGUUGGUACUAUCACCAUGCUUUGUGGCGUAAGGUUUGGCGCUACGCUUCUUGCUUUUUUCUUCAGCUCGUCCAAGCUGUCAAAAUUCAAGGCUGAAGAAAAAUGUGAAUUGGAUGAUGAUUUCAGAGAAGGAGGGCAGCGGGAUUGGAUGCAGGUGUUGGCAAACAGUGCCACGGCAACCGUAUGUUGCAUAGCGUAUGUGUACUUCACGGGGUGGAGAGAUGUCUGCCUUGAUCGGCAGGGCUUCCCAAUUGCGACGGCCCUUUUAGGAGGUUUUGUGGGGCAUUAUGCGUGCUGCAAUGCUGACACUUGGGCAUCAGAGAUUGGGAUUCUGAGCUCUUCCAGACCUCGGCUGAUAACGAGUUUUCAGUCUGUGCCUCGUGGCACCAACGGGGGCAUCACGCUGCUGGGAACUGCCGCGAGUGCUUGCGGUGGGGCAUUCGUUGGGCUCUGGUUUAUUUUGGCUGGUCUGGUUUCAUCUCUGGAAUGCAGUGGGGCGUCCAGGGCUACGCAAUGGCGAGUUAUCCCUCUCUCCCUUCUCGCAGGGAUGUUAGGAACGAUGAUAGAUUCCAUUCUCGGGGCAACACUUCAGUUCAGCGGGUACUGUGCAACCCGAAGGAAGGUUGUGAGCAGACCAGGAGCAACAGUGAAACAUAUCUCUGGAUACCAUGUGCUUAAUAACAACACGGUCAACUUCAUUUCAGCACUCCUGACGGCUUUGGGAGUGGCUGCUGUUUCAUUGGCAGUAUUCUAGUCUGCUAGUCCGUUUUACAUGCGCGUGAUCCGCCACGAAUGGGGUCCGGAAUGGGUCGGUUAUGAGGACGCGUUUUGGACCUCGGAUGAUGGCCGGUUCCUGGUACUUGUGGAAAUCCCUGUGCUCCUGAAUGCUUUUGGUCUUCAAGGCAGUUCUGUGGGAUCGAACCCGAUCGGUCAUCGUUUUCUAAUCUAUUAUACGUGAGUUGCAUUCUUCGAUUUGGCGUACAUUUUUUUUUCGAACGAGAGUGGAAGUUCUGGCGAAUGCAGUGUCUGGUCCAGAUGCUGCCCAUCCCAUGGCCAGGAACACAGUGAGAAAAUGUUGUCCAGGAGUUUGACAGAAUUGUGAGACAGAA